UACUAAACAAAACUUCUGGCAGCCCCAGUCCUAUCCAUUGACGAAUGACGACAGUUUCCUUUUCCUUGUGGCAUGGUGUCGGCAUAGUUGCCGAAUAAGCAACCACAAUGCCGCAGAACGAAUACAUUGAGCGCCAUCAAAAGCUUUACGGUAGGAGACUCGACUAUGAGGAGAGAAAGAGGAAGCGCGAGGCGCGUGAGCCUCACAAGAGGGCCGAAAAGGCGCGCAAGCUGCGAGGCAUCAAGGCCAAGAUCUACAACAAGGAGCGCCGCAAUGAAAAGAUUCAGAUGAAGAAGAAGAUCAAAGCGCACGAGGAGAAGAAUGUCAAACAAAACACAGAGAAAGUGGCCGAAGGAGCGCUGCCCGUGUACCUCCUCGACCGAGAUGUGCAGUCUCGCGCCAAAGUACUGUCUAAUAUGAUCAAACAGAAAAGGAAAGAGAAAGCUGGCAAAUGGGAUGUGCCUAUACCUAAAGUGAGAGCACAAGCUGAUGCCGAGGUGUUCAAAGUCUUGAAGUCUGGUAAAUCAAAGAGAAAAGCCUGGAAGCGUAUGGUGACAAAGGUCACUUAUGUUGGAGAGAACUUCACAAGAAAGCCACCAAAGUUUGAGAGGUUUAUCAGGCCGAUGGCCCUGCGUUUCAAGAAAGCUCAUGUCACUCAUCCAGAGUUGAAGGCCACAUUUUGCUUGCCCAUCAUUGGGGUGAAGAAGAACCCAAGCUCUCAAAUGUACACAAGCCUUGGAGUUAUUACGAAGGGUACAGUUAUUGAAGUUAAUAUCUCUGAACUGGGUUUGGUGACGCAGGCCGGCAAAGUUGUUUGGGGAAAGUAUGCCCAAGUGACAAACAACCCAGAGAAUGAUGGAUGCAUCAAUGCUGUACUUUUAGUUUAACUUAUUGCUUAUUGUAUUAAUUUUAAUUGUAAUAACAUUUCCAUGUU